AUGUUAUCGGACAUUCAGGUCUUCGUGAGAUGGAAAGAACAAACGAUAUUCGCCGGAGAAGACGUUGAAUGCACAAUCACCUUCAAAAAUGUGACAGAGGAAGAGGCAGGAAACGAGGUUGUUGGGACGACGAAGCAUUAUCGAGGAGGAUCUCGGCCUAUUAACACUGUCACAGAUGGGACCAACUACUCUCCAGCAAAAUCCCUUAACCCAUUUUCGUUCAAUAAUCCGCCGCGUCGCCCGCAGUCCUCGGGGUAUCGGCCUCGACACCCACAUCACAGGGCCUCUGCUUCCGUUGGCUCCUCUCCCAUCUUGAGCCAAAGCUUUCCUCCUACCACCCCAUCACGCACUCAUGGAGCUUCCAACACACCAGGCCAUUCCCAUAAACGAUCUGUUUCAAUAAUAUCCUUGGAGACGGAUAUUUCUCACGACCGUAAACAGCUUCAGUCCCCAAAGAGUCCGCAGCCAGGCCGGCAUUCCAACCUCUCCCUUCCGAGCACCAAGGAUGAAGCAGACCCCUCCCGAUAUCCAAUCAAUAAUUCACCGGCCGCUAGAAGGAGUCCGAUGCGCAGAGCACCACGCAAAAUGAGCGCUUUCCAUGGAGAUUUCAAGUUUCCGCAGGCUCCGCCUUCACCCGAAAAUAAAACAAAUCCAUCAACGCAGCCAGCCCCAGAGGGUCAAUACACUGAACCUCCUACUAAAGCUACCAUACCCGAUCAUAUUAAUGUAACUGCUGCCAAUGGGAAGUUGACAGCUGACCAGCCUCGCUGCCUUACGCCCGCAACGAAACUCUCUGCUGUAUCAGCGAUGGAGGGCAGUACCCGAAGUAGUACUGAGUUUUAUUCUCUUAGCAAUAACUCCACGGAGACUCUUGAUUCAGACUAUAAAUUAGCUUCUAUGAACAGGGGCCUUCCGAGGCAUCGAAGACAUCAAUCAAACCUUGAGCCAACCAGGAACGGUCGAUCUAAUGAGUCGCAAACACUUCUCAUGGGUUAUGCCCAGAUCAACGCUUCAUUCACGGUUGAUGGAUCAUUACUUGAUCAAUCAAUCUUCGAAGAAGUAAAGCGUAAGGGCGUUGUUGGUCACCAUGGCAGCAAUGAACGGUCACCAAGGCAGUCGAAGCCUAGAAGCGGGUUCUGGGGAAAUAUAGGGCUCAGCAGUCUGGGGAACUCUCUUGCAAGUUUGACUUCAACAGGAGAACUUGACGGGCUACGGGAAAUGCGAGGCGCCUCUUCAUCCAACUCCAUACCUCUACUAUCAACUCCGCAGUCCCUUCUUUUCGUCGACCUCCGCUUGGCACCUGGGCAGGAAAAGACGUUUUCAUUCUCAUUUACUCUACCCCGCGGGCUACCUUCAAGCCACAAGGGCAAGGCUAUAAAGAUUUCAUAUAAUUUGGUUAUUGGAACGCAAAAGGCGGCAGCCAUAAAGGGAAACCAGCGACUUCACAAGAUCAAUGUGCCAUUCCGUGUUCUCAGUGGCGUGGAUGCUCAAGGAGGUGUUCUCGGACAUGAUCUAAUGCAGCCAUACGUGGUGCUGAGGGAUGAAGCACGAGUGCAAAGUAUUGAUUCAUCAGCCCCGCGGCCACCAGCAAAGGAAAAAAGCAUAAGCGCGAAAGCAUGGACAUCAGCACCUCAGUUUCUAUCAUACGUAGACGAAAUCCUCAAGCAAAAGGACCGUCAGGACUCGUUGGUGUCACCGAUAAGUCCUGGGCCGCCACACCUUCAUCACGAAGCCCCCUUUUCAUGCAAGGACGCCAUUGACUUAGCUAUCCUACGUAGCAACCAGUCAACUGCAUCAGAUCAGAGUGUCAACCGCUUUGAAAUAUCUCGCAGUGGCCGGCGAGUUGCCGUGAUAGUGCUUAAUCGACCAUCUCACCGAAUAGGAGAAACUAUCGUGGCUACUGCCGAUUUUACAAACGCAGCUAUUCACUGCCACUCUCUACGUGGCUCUUUAGAAACCCAUGAAACAAUCAAUCCCGAAAUUGCCCUUCGAUCUGCGGCAAGUAUCACUCGUGCCACACGAAAGGUUCACGCUAUGUGUUUUGAAAACACCCUUUUUGCAUCCAGAGUGGCCUUCACGCCCGCCAUCCCGGUCUCCGCCACUCCUACUCUGAUCACUUCUGGUGUGAAUGUUGAAUGGCAACUUCGAUUUGAGUUCGUAACAAGCAGCUUGCCCGAUUCUACGGAGAAUGCUCAUACGUCAGCAUCUGGGAUUGGUCUGUUAGAACCCGUCGAGCAUGAUGAACGAGGGACUGUAUUUGCCGCUGCAGAACAUAUAUCCUGUGAAUCUUUUGAAGUUAGCAUCCCUAUUACGGUCUAUGGCGGGACGGUGCAAGAGCCUAGCCGAGAGGAGUUGCAGGGAAUACCUAUAUAA